UCAGGAUUGGAUCGGACUCCAUGUAUGUCGUCAAUGGCACCAAUGUGACCUUCCUGUGUGACGCCGGGGGUCAGACUGAGAAUGUGACCACUUACACCUUCUACCGAGACCAGACGCCUAUAUGCAUCGGGCCCCAUGUGUCCUGCAGCGAAUCAUCCCUCGACUUCACCCCGAUAUCUGAGAUUUACAAUGGGUCCUACACCUGCCGCAUCGAGAACCCGGUCAGCUCCAACCUCAGCGACCCCAUCAAUGUGACCGUAUCAUUUCGUAUAUCGGAUAUAUCACUGACGGUGAACACAUCGGCACUGGUUUGGCCGGGAUUAGACUCGGUGUCUCUGCGCUGUUCGGCCCGCGGUACAAAUGUCAGCUACUCCUGGAGCCUGGACGGGGCGGCCCUGCCUGCGGAGCCACAUUACGUGCUAAGUGCAGAUAGAAGCGUUCUCACCAUCAGCCCGGUGUCUUCUAAGGAUAAUGGAUCCUUCACCUGUACAGCCGCGAACAGUAUAAACAACCUGACGAGCCCCGAAGUCCUCCUCCACCUCGGCUCCCCGGUCUCAGCAGUGACUCUGAGCAGUAACGCGUCCUCCGCAGAGCUCUGGGCAGAACAGGACUCGGUGUCUCUCCAUUGCUCAGCUCAGGGUUCAGCCAUCACCUUCACAUGGAGUCUGGAUGGAAAACCAGUGUCCUCAAAGCCUCCAUAUUACAUUACUGAGAGUAAUUCUCCUCCAAACUCCAAUCUGACCAUCAGCCCGAUCUCCAGGAACGAUGGUGGACCCUUCACCUGUACAGCGUCCAACCUGCUGAAUAGCUCCACCAGCAAUGAGCUCAGCUUCAGUCUCAACUGGCGCCCGGAUGGAGAAAUGUCAUGUCCAGUAACUUCUAAUGGCGAUAUUUUGAGCCUUGUCUGCUCUUGGGAAAAUGGUCGACCUCCCGCCAAUGUGACGAUGACAUUUAACGACACAACAGGGAUGAAUCCAAACAUCGUGACCAGGAAUGUGUCCUCCAAGACUCUGAUCUGGGGCUCAGUCCUCAACUGCACGGGUGAUCAACUGGGGAAGACGUCAAUCUGUCAGAAGAUCCUGGAGCCUCCAUAUUUUCUAGAACAAAAUAACACAAUAAAAGACGUACCAGAAGGAGGUAGUGUCAUCCUGACGAUAAAUUUAAAUACGAGACCUACUUCCCGUAUAUCUUCUAAGAUCCUCCCGGCGACCUUCACCUGGUAUAAGGACAAGACGGAAAUAAAGAGCGGCGUCAACUCCACAAGUUAUUCAUCCAACCUCCACCUCUCCGAGGUGACGCAGGCGAAUUCUGGAAGAUAUGAAUGUACCUCCAGAAAUGUGAUCGGAAGCGAGACCUUAAUCUUCAAUGUCAACGUGACUGCAAAAGCCGUUCCUCCUAAAAAUGGCCUUGAUGGUGGUGAAAUCGCCGGCAUCGUCAUCGGCGUCCUCGCUGGGCUGACCAUUAUUGGGAUCAUCGUCUUCUUCAUUGUGAAGAAAAAGAAAAGGCACGAUGACGACAGGAGAUUGAAGGAUUCUACCGACCAGAUAGAUACCAUACAAUAUGCAGAGGUAGCACUCAACAAGGAAAAUGGAGGUGUAGCAGAAACCACAAUGUCCACCAACCCCGCUGAUGAUAAGGAUGAAUUAAAAUACGCUGCAAUCAGUUUCAAGAACAAAUCUUCCACUAAGUCCGUGGCGCCGACAACACCACAGGAAACUGUAUAUAGUGAUGUGAAAAAUGUAUCCAACAGAUAAUCCCCAGAUCCCAGUCACAGUGGACAUGCUGAGUCCGGGUCCCACCACGCAUCCUAGUCAUGGUAGACAUCCCGAUCUCGGAUCCCACCGCACAUCCCAGUCACAAUGGACAUCCCAAGCCUGGAUCCCACCGCACAUCCCAGUGUCGAUAGACAUCCUGAUCUGGGAUCCCACUGCACAUCCCAGUUAUAAUGGACAUCCCAAGCCUGGAUCCCACUGCACAUCCCAGUCUUAGUGGACAUCCUGAUCCCCGAUCCCACUGCACAUCCCAAUCACGGUGGACAUCUUGAACCAAGAUCCCACCGCACAUCCCAGUCCCCGGGCAAUCCCAAUCCCAUUUCCUACAACACAUCCCAGUCAUGAUGAACCAUCUCCAAAGUACGUCACUGACCACCCCUCGGAUGACCACCUCAUGUGCACAGGUAGCAACGAUUCACCUCUGUACACUCUGCACUAGGAUCUCUCUGCUUCAGGGACUUAUUAAUGCUGGACUACUCCUGAUCAUCACCAGAGACAUGUAACCUGGUUACAAAUAGUUGUGAAACUCGAGGAGGUACUAGAGCGUUUUCUUCUCUGCCAGGAAUAUUUAUGAUCCAUCAUGACUCGUCCUCGUCUGGAUGGGGUUUGUAGCCAUUGUUUCAGAAGGUGCCUUCAUAUAUGGUCCUGCCGUUGUGAGGCCUAUCCUGCCCCAGGUUAAUGAAUGACAGCUUCAGUGACCUUUGCUUCUUGGCACCAAAUUAAAAUCUUAACUUUUUAAACUUCUCAGAACACACCUGUAUGAGGCCCUGUUCA